AUGCCUAUCCUCGACUCUAGUGCGCUCGCCGAACGGUUCCAUGAAGAAGCAACUCGGGCGCUCGUCCGGCGUGUAGAUGUCAAGACCUCGCUCACACCCAACGAUACCCAGAGAACGACCCUAAUUAUCGCAGGCGUAUACGUUAUUGCUAUUGGCCUACUCUGGCACAUUCCAUUCUUGAGCUGGAUAAUUUACCCAUUCAAAUUGCUAACGGUCGGGUUCCAUGAGAUGAGCCAUGCGUUUGCGGGCGUGCUCACUUGCGCCAAGAUACAUUCCAUCGAACUGGAUCCGGACGAAGGAGGGGCCACGCGCAUGAGCGGUGGUAUAUCGAUGAUCACUUUGCCGGCUGGGUACAUUGGCUCAUGCUUUAUCGGCGCCUGUUUGAUCGCGUGCGGGUUUGAUACGAAUGCGUCCAAGGUUGCGUGUAUUGUCCUGGCCGUGUUUUUCUUGGUUACGCUUUGGUGGGCGAGGAAGAACUGGUUGACUUGGGCUUUGAUCGCGGGUAUGACUGGGUUGAUUGUGUUGUUUUGGUUUGUGGCUGGGGGAGUUGCGUUGCGGUAUUUUGUGCUUUUUAUGGGCGUGAUGAACUGCAUCGACGCGGCGGUAUUCGCCAAACAGUUUGGAUGCUGUCCUGCCCAAGUUUGGGGUGUGAUUUGGCUCUUGAUAGCGUUUGUGUUUUUUGCGUUGGGCGUGUUGGUUGGGAUUGCGGCGUUCAAGGAUACUGCCGCCGAACAAGCGGCUGCGAGUAAAACGUUUUUGCCUGUCCCAACGAUUUAA